AUGAAGGUUAUCGUGACUGGCGCAACCGGCCGUGCCGGACGGGAAGCAGUCCACUGCUGCCUCGACAAUGACCGCAUCACCAAAGUCAUCAUACUUACCAGGACAGCAGUGUCUGGGGAUAUCGAAAGCCAUCCCAAAGUAGACCUUGUCAUGCAUCAAGAUUUUACGCAGUACUCGGACUAUUUGAUUCAACGGUUGGAGGGAGCGGAAGCUUGUAUAUGGGCGAUUGGUGUCCGUCCGGAGCAAGCCAAGUCUGAAAAGCUUCUACAGCGCAGUGUUGGUGUCGACUUGCCCAUUGCUUCCGCAAGAGCCUUUUGCCAAAAGCUGUCGCACAAGACGCCCGGUGGGGUGAAAUUCCGCUUUGUGUACUGCAGCCUGAAACACACGGAUAAAAGCAAGAAGACGCUCAUGUUUGCAACGGACACCAGAAGAAUGGCCAAUGACCUGGAGAAGGGAAUCGCCGAGAUUGUCGACGCUCACAAAAGCACCUUUGAGGCUUACGCACUGCGACCGGCAACAUUUGCGAGUGCCGACGGCCCGCAACAAAGACGGACAUCAUCGUCGAGGAAGUUGGUGUCCGGACUUGGGCAUGGCCCAAUGGCAUCUAUCGAGCCAUCGAGAGUUGGCAAGGCCAUGGUCAAGGUCGCAUGCGACGGAUGGAAAGAGACGGCCAUUGAAAAUGAUGUGAUCCUCAAGUUGUCGAACUAA